UGCGUCUUGGGCUGCUUUGGGAAAAUGGCGCAUGAAUUUGACGUCGUUAACGUGGCUUGGGAGACUGUCACAGGCAGUUUGUGUGCACAGUUUAAGAAGACUUCAUCAUUAGCUACAUGUCAGGAUGACAUCAAGCAUUCCAUGAGUAUUGUUAUUGAACAUGGCAUGGCAUGUCUUCUUAACGAGUGGUUCCUGGAAACACUUCAGCAAACUUUACAGAACCACAUUAUCCCUCAAUUCUGGUCUCAUUUCUCCUCAAACUACACUGAUGUUUGUACUUCACAACAAACCAUGGAUAACCCCUUGGUUUUUGCUGUUUCUGAGUUGUCUCUCAAUAUGGAACCAUUCAUCUAUAGUGCAAAGAUACUUGAAGACUUGAACAGAUCAGCUGACCCACAACUGCAAAUGAAAUCUAGAGUGCAAAUUCUGUUGAAAGCUAUGUUGUUUAGCAAAACUCCCAAGUACUUCCAAAGCAUCGUCCAUGAUUUCUAUAGUCAAGCAUUCAAAGCUUUUCACAGCCAAAGGAGACGACUAAGUGAUACGGGCAUCAAUACUAGUCAAGAUAAUGGUAGUGAUGAAGAAACUGAUGAGGGAGAGAUACAUCAUCAUCAGCAUGCUGAUAACAACAAGCAGUGCACAUGUGUUGCAUGUCAUCAGAAAAUGUGUUGCUGUCAGCAAGUACUGCAACAGUUUCAUCAAAUCAAUUCAAAGUUACAUUAUUUAGGACUGUUAGAGCGUGUGUGUGCAGAGGUGGUAACAUCAUUGAUUCAUGCUAAGAUCAAGCAUCAUGUGGAUAACAAAUGCAAGGGAGAAUUUGAGACUUCAUUUAUUGCAACAUUAGAGCAGUGGCUGUCCUCCAAGGUUGUCCGAUGGUUAAACGUGGUAUUUUCUGGGGAAGAUUCACAGCGUACAAUAAGUUGCAGUACCUCUCAGACAAUGCAGCUAUGGAGGGAUCGACUGCAAUAUCUUCUCUAUCAAACCUACGCUAAUCUACGCAUUCAGGAACUAUUUAACAUCAUUGUUGAGUUUCCUGACUCCUUGGCAGCUUUGGAAGAUCUUAAGAAGUGUUUGGAGAAAACAGAUCUCAGAAGACACCUUGUGAAAUCCUUGCGCACAUCUUUAGAGACUAGGCUGUUGCACCCAGGAGUGAAUACUGAUGAUAUUCUGACGCAGUAUAUUUCUUCUAUUCGAGCACUGCGAGUUCUUGAUCCAUCUGGUAUUAUAUUAGAGCUUGUAUGUCAACCUGUCAGGAAGUAUCUGAGGACACGUGAAGACACAGUUCGUUGCAUUGUAUCAAGCUUAACGGAUGACAGUAACAAGGAACUUGCUGAGGAGUUGAUAAAAGCUGAGCCAGUCACUAUGGAUGAAAGUUACUGCAGUGAACAGGAGGAUGAAAGCCAAUAUGAAUGGCAGCCAGAUCCAAUAGAUGCUGACCCAGCUCGUACAUCAAAGAGUCGAAGGUCAUCAGACAUCAUCAGUAUGCUGGUCAACAUCUAUGGGAGUCGGGAACUGUUCGUCAAUGAAUACAGAGGCCUACUUGCUGAUCGCAUUCUAACAGGAUUUAACUAUGAUACAGCACGAGAACUGCGCUAUCUAGAACUAUUGAAACUUUGCUUUGGGGAGUCUCAACUGCACCAUUGUGAAGUUAUGUUAAAAGAUGUUGCAGAUUCAAGACGCUGCAACAGUCAUAUUAGAACACUCAAGACUGAAGAGGAUGCAACAGAAGAAAACCCAAACAAAGAUUUUGAGUUCUGUGCCAUGAUCCUGUCUGCACAAUUCUGGCCCAACUUGAAAGAAGAAAAACUCAAAAUACCUGAGGAAAUAGAGACGGCUAUGGAGGAGUAUACCAAGUCAUAUCAGGUUUUAAAAGGUAUGCGAACACUCAACUGGAAGACAAAUUUAGGUCUGGUCAAUUUGGAGCUGGAGCUGAAAGAUCGUAAACUCAACUUAUCUGUUUCACCUAUUCAUGCAACUAUCAUCAUGCACUUCCAGAACAAAGCCAAGUGGGCAGUGGAGGAUCUUAGUGGAGUGAUGCAAGUACCAGUAACGGCACUACGGCGAAAGAUGGCAUUUUGGCAGAGUCAGGGUGUAUUACGUGAGGAGAGUAGCGAUAUAUUUGUCUUGAUCGAGGAGCAGAGAGGUGGUCGUAGUACCCAGCAUGAUAACUAUAUGUUAGAUAGUGAUGAAGAGACAGAAUCUGCUAUGGCAUCAGCACAGGACCAACAAGAAGAGGAAUUACAGGUAUUCUGGUCUUACAUCGUUGGCAUGCUGACAAAUCUGGAAUCAUUAAGUCUGGAUCGUAUUUACUCAAUGCUCAAGAUGUUUGCAAUGCAAGGACCAUCAGCUUCGGAGUUCAAUGAGCACAAGCUGCAACAGUUUUUAGAUCGUAAAGUGAAAGAACAGUUGUUGGUGUAUUGUGCUGGUGUGUAUCGAUUACCAAAACAAGAAUCUUGAAGGGCUAUUCUGCAACUUUAAUGGCCAAACAAAAACUUGUCAAUCAUAGUUAACUUAUAAAAGAUGUUAAAUUUGCAUCGGGAUAAAGAAAAUAUUAAUUUUUGUUUUGCCAUACACCGA